AUCACGUGGGGCGGGGCAGGGGGCGGUCCGCACCGGUGCGACGUCAACGCAGCCCGCUAAGCUCCCCCGACCUGUGCACCGAGGCCGGGCCUCGGCUGAGACCCCCGUGGGCCCGGGUGGGGCCGUCUGCUGAGCACCUUUGCGGCCGUCAUGGACAACUCGGGGAAAGAAGCGGAGGCGAUGGCGCUGCUGGCCGAGGCGGAGCGCAAAGUGAAGAACUCGCAGUCCUUCUUCUCAGGCCUCUUUGGAGGCUCAUCCAAAAUAGAGGAAGCAUGUGAGAUCUACACCAGAGCAGCAAACAUGUUCAAAAUGGCCAAAAACUGGAGUGCUGCCGGAAACGCUUUCUGCCAGGCAGCCCAGCUGCACCUGCAGCUCCAGAGCAAACAUGACGCGGCCACCUGCUUUGUGGAUGCCGGCAAUGCCUUCAAGAAAGCUGACCCCCAAGAGGCCAUUAACUGUUUGAUGAGAGCGAUUGAGAUCUACACAGACAUGGGCCGGUUCACGAUCGCGGCCAAGCACCACAUCUCCAUUGCUGAGAUCUAUGAGACGGAGCUGGUGGACAUCGAGAAGGCCAUCGCCCACUAUGAGCAGUCUGCAGACUACUACAAAGGAGAGGAGUCCAACAGCUCAGCCAAUAAGUGCCUGCUGAAGGUGGCUGGCUAUGCCGCACAGCUGGAGCAGUAUCAGAAGGCCAUUGACAUUUAUGAGCAGGUGGGGACCAAUGCCAUGGACAGCCCCCUCCUCAAGUACAGCGCCAAGGACUACUUCUUCAAGGCGGCCCUCUGUCACUUCUGCAUUGACAUGCUCAAUGCCAAGCUCGCUGUGCAGAAGUAUGAGGAGCUGUUCCCCGCAUUCUCUGGUUCCCGGGAGUGCACGCUGAUGAAAAAAUUGUUAGAUGCCCAUGAGGAGCAGAACAUCGACAGCUACACCGAGGCGGUGAAGGAGUAUGACACCAUCUCCCGGCUGGACCAGUGGCUCACCACCAUGCUGCUUCGCAUCAAGAAGACGAUCCAGGGGGAUGAGGAGGACCUGCGCUAAGCCCCACCCAGCCCCCUGGCACCUGUCUUCCUGCCCUGUCUUCUCUACCCCCGCGCCCCUCCAGCGCGUGAGCCCAGAGAGAGAGAGAGGUGGGGCCGAGACCUUGGCUGUGAGACCUUCCUUCCCUCCCCAUAGAGGAGUCUCCCCAAGACACAGUGCGGGCUCAGCCCUGCUUCGGGGCUCCUGAGGCCGGCCGGGCCUGCUGGCUGGACAGACCCCUCCUCUGUUCUUGCUGCAUCCCUCACCUCCUGCCCGUUUAUUUAAGCCCCCCAAAGAUGCCCCUUCUCCAUCCCGAAACACAGAACCUGACACAGACCUACUUGCUGUGGGUGCUGCCAGGGGUGGGGGUCAGCACCUGGUCCCCCAUCUCCUGAGCAGCCGAGGCGUGAGGCUGGCUUUGGUCUUGCCCACUUGUCCUCCAGCCCAGCUCCGAGCACAUGUAGCCACUGAGAUUUGCUCUCACCUCAGGGGUGGGCUCCUUCCCCUUCAGUGCCAGGAACCACCACCCACCCCCAGCCUCCUGCAGCCUUGACCUCUCAGGAUAGACCCCAGGCCUUGGAGCUCAGAGGGUCACCCCUGCACCCACCCCUCCAUCUGCUCCUUCCCUAGUGCUUUGAGGUUUUGUGGUUAGAAGCUGCAGCUGGCCUAAGGAAGAAAAUAAAAAAGAACACUUUGCAUGA